AAUCAAAAACCAGAGAAAAAGAAGAAAAAUAAUUCUGUAGACAAAAAAUGUCAGGAAGAGGAAAAGGAGGAAAGGGUUUGGGAAAGGGAGGAGCAAAGAGGCACAGGAAGGUGUUGAGAGACAAUAUCCAGGGAAUCACAAAGCCAGCAAUCAGACGUUUAGCAAGGAGAGGUGGAGUGAAACGUAUCAGUGGAUUGAUUUAUGAAGAGACUCGUGGUGUUCUUAAGAUCUUCCUUGAGAAUGUGAUUCGUGAUGCUGUUACUUACACUGAACAUGCUAGGAGGAAGACUGUCACUGCUAUGGAUGUUGUCUAUGCUCUCAAGAGGCAAGGAAGAACUCUCUAUGGAUUUGGGGGUUAGUCAGGGUUUGUAAAAAUAUGUAGAUCUAGGGUUUCUUUUUGGGUUUCACAUGUACCUACCUGGGAAAAUUAACUUUAUGAAUGUGAAAUGUUUUGAACAUCAGUAAUCUACUUGUUUCUGUUUCAUUAAUUUGUCUAAUUUAAUCCUUUUUAU